GUGUCCUUUCGUGCUCGGUUGACAUUCGGUGUUUAUAUAAAGGAUUAGCGUUCGUAUCGGUUUAGCAUAAUUAUUCGAGAUCGCGCGAAGACAAGUUUGUCGUGCUGUUGGCUUUUGAACGCAGUUAGUAUAAAAGCAUGGACCGAAAGAUGAGAUCCGAUGAUCAACCAGAGCUAUCCAGUUACGAAGCUGAAUCAGUAAUGAACGACACAUAUUUUCGUUCCUUCGAUAGAGGAUAUGUUCAUCAAAGCGACAGCCUAGGGCGCGUAAUAUAUAGAACAGGCAACCCACAGAGAGACCAGCAGUUGCGCAGUAACCCGCAAAUUAGUGGAUCACCAGCAAUGUCGUUUUACUCCUCGACUGAGAGUUGCCGAUCGACUCCAUCGCCGGACUUUGCACUGAGUACAUGCCACACUUCUUCACCAUUGUGCGCUGUAUAUCAGCAGGGUAAUCCUCCAAGAUUGUUACCCACGAAAGAUACAGUACCUCCGUUAAAUUACUUCCACAACAUUGAAGAUGUAAAGAUGGCAAUUAAAUCGGAACACUCCUUCCCGGAUCAUGACUAUACGUUUUCAUCAGCGCCAAGUACUAUCUCGAGCGACACGCGGUCCGUGUCACGCUCUCCAGGGUUGGAUCGACCAGUCGUCGAUGGGCGAACUUCCUCUGACUCUGGCAAUUCAACAAUGCCAGAUGAUAUUAAUCCUUUAUGCAUGAAUGAUUGGUAUCGUGAUCUGCUGAAAACCGAAUACACGGAACGGCUGCAAAAAGAAAUGGCAACAAUUCUGCACAGAUCGGAUGUACAAAAGCAGCAAUUUUUGGCUGCUAAAAUGCAAGAACUUCCAAGUGAUUUAGAAUACAAUCCCAACAAAUCGCGGCUACGUAAAGUCUACGAUGAUCCGUCGGAGGCAGCGGAUCGCGAGAGAAAUAACCUAGCUUCGCGUAGGUCGCGGUUCAAAAAGAAGAUUGCCCAACAAAUCACCAACAUGCAUUUGGAAUUCGAUCGCAAUGAGAAUGCGCAGCUGUAUGUUAUACAAAACUGGAUCGGCAAAAUCGUGUUCGAGUUGGAAUCCAAAUGGUUGGAUAGUGGAGCCUCCCCAGAUGAACUCUACGAACUGCGACAUCUCUGCGGUUUUCCACAGAACCCGUCGGACAGGGGCUACGCAUCGGCACGAUAUUAGCGUUAAUUUUAUGUUUUAGUGCUAAAAAGCGGUUUUUAUCGAUUGUAAAAAAUCAACCAGUGUACGUUAACUUUUGUUCUAAUGUCUUUCUACGUUGUUAUAAAAAUCUGAAAAUAUCAAAUAUUACUCAUAAAGUGCAAUUCACGAUGUAGAAAAAAAAAAAACUACAGAAUAAACAAUUUAC